GGAGGCAGCAUCACCCACCCAGACAGGAAGGAGGGAGGGCAGACAGCGUGCUCAUCCCUCUAACAGACAGAGGUGGAAGGAAAGUGGGCAUGAGAGAAAGACGUGAGGGGAGAAGUGGAACACAAUGAAGGAGUGCCAUUGUCCAUCCUGGCAGCACUGCCAUUUCACCAUCUGCUGAAAGAGACGAAAAGACAUAGAGGAGGGAACAAGAAGAGGAGUCAGCCAAACGGAGGAGAGGAUAGAUGCCGGCAGUGACUUUGUGAAUUAAUCAAGCGGAUCAGAGGAGAAGCACGUUUUUCUGGGAGUGGACGAAAGAAAAGCCAGAAAGAGGAAGUAGAGGACGGAUGAUCGGACAGUCUGGGGCUGUUUAAACAUUAAUGUGGCUCUCAUGUGAAUCGUAGCUUUAGAUGAUCAGACAUGGAUUAUCAACUGCAUGCUCUCUAAACCCAAAAAAGGAACUACUUAUGUUUUGCCAUUCCUCGGGAAAAAAAGAAACACUGAGGCAAAUUUAUUAGACUCACUUCAUACAAAACAGUUUUGAUUACUUUUUUCUUUGUUCAAAUAUACCCUCCCUUUGUGACUUCUGAUUUUCUAUUUUCUAUGAGCAUAGGGGCUACUCUGCAGGAUGUUAUACAAUCAUCUUUGUUAGCCGCUGCACAGAAUAUUCAGGUUGUUUUUAUGCAAGUUUUCUUAACAUUAGUUAAAUUUUAAAUAUAAGUGUAGUUAUUUUAUACAGUUAACAGGAAAAUUGUUUUGAAGUAUUAUCAGUUUUUGUAUGCUUUAUUUGGAGUCAGUGCAUGCAGCCAACUCAAGAUGUCAACAUUGAUUAGGUUUUCUGGCUGGCGCUAUGCCCGUCAAACUUUGAUCAUUUCCUGAACUGUAUUGAUUUUUCUAGGAGUCUGCAGUUUUUCUUGCUAUUGGAUGAAAAAAAAAGAGAGAAAAGCUUUAAUGUGGAGCCUUUGAUGUAGCAGCUAAUUACUUGCCAUGUGAUUUGACCAAGUGGUUAUCUCUUUGAAGAUUUCUGCCUUUGUCGGGACUUUUCGGCAUAUAUCCUCCGCAGGCAUCUCUUUUAAUGUCUGUUGCCAUAGCAACGGGCAGCAGCUGCAGACAGCACGAUGUAAACUACUUUCCUCUUGUGUUUUUAAAACUGGUGCUGAUCCAUUAGAUAACUGUAUAUAUUUCAUAAAACUCAGAAGAUCAGAUUAGUAGUGGUUGUGUUAGGAGUUUCUUUGUUACACAGGAUUUUGUUUCUUUACCUUCUUUCUCUGUGUGGUGCUCACUGAUUCAGGGUUGUUUCAGGUCCCCUUACCCAAUUUGUUUAUUUGUUUUGAUUGAGUCUGGUCAUUCCUCUUUAUCUGUGGCACCAACCAUAUUAAUCAGUCAAGCUGACGGAUAAACAGGCAUGGCUGGAUAAAUUAGAUUAUUGUUCUGAUUUUACUUGUAUAUAUCGCUGGGUGCAGCUGCUUGGGCCCGGGGCCUCAAAUCAUGACAGUAGCUGUGUUGUGUUAGUGACUGUCUGCUCCUUACUGUUUAUCUGUUGGUGACUCAGGAUUUCUCUUCAUGUAGAGGGUCAUCUCCUCUGCAGUCACCUGACCUACACUGUGUUCUGUGCACUGAAACAUCCCAGGGCCAGGGCUGACUGUGCUCAUAGAGCUUUUCUGCAGCCCUUUGUUUAAGAACACCUGGAGUUUCCUAUCGGUUGUUAACAUGUCAAUUUAUAUUGGAUCUGUUGCCUUUUUGAGGUGCUAAUCCUCUUUCUGGACUCAGUUUUAGUUUGAUUAGGUGUGUGACAAAAAUGUUUUAUUUAAUCUGCAUGCCUUUUGAUUGUUCAGAUACUGGGUGUCUUCUGUGACUUCUUCAGCCAUACUUCUUUCCAGCUUUCUGGAGUUCAUCCCAGCCUGUCUGGCAACGCAUGAGUAUAACUGGAUCCUCCAUGGUGCUUAACAGCCAAGACCAGAUGGAUGGCUAGCUAGAAUUGCUAGACACCUCUGUGGUGCUAGACUAGUGUAGGCGACUGUUCUUUUGCCAUGCAUCCAGUGCCCACUACAAUUAUGAGUACUUGAGGUCUAGUUAUUUUUCUGAGAUGUUAGUGUGUGAAGAAAAUCCACUGAUUUUCUUGGCAUUACUGAAACAUUGGUGCAGAAUUUACAACCUUGUGUAAUUUGUCUAGGCAAGGUGUGUGUUCUACUUUGCCUGAGUAAAGGUCAACAGAUUGUAAAUAUGACUAGUGCCUCAGCAGCACUAAGGUGUGGGCCAGCCAACUUGCUGCAGGACUGUAGGUGUAGCCUUGCCUCCUACUGUGGUCAAACUGUUACUGACUGUUUCGUUUGGUGGUUUUAGGUUGCAAGGGACUGUUAAUGUAAACGGCAAAGACUGUUUGGCUUGUAGGUUGGACUAUGCAGAAUGGGAGAUGUUACAUGCUGUCUGUAAAGUAGACCUGUGAGCUAACCUCCUGUUCGAUUUAGCCUGGCCUUAGAUAAGGAAAGAAGCUGUCCUGGAAUAUAAAACUUUGUUCAUAUCAUAUGCGGCUGUGUCAGUACUCUUCUCUCAGGUAAAUGACUAUAAUCUGGGCUUGUUAAUUUGACCUGUCCAGAAAUGAGAACAGUCGUGCAUAGAGAUGACAGCAGCUCAACAGAGUGCAGUUUUAACUGAGCUUCUUUCCAGUGGGGCUGAGUAAGUUCAUGUUAAACACUGAGGAGCUUCUGUUCAGGGAACCCUGGGUUCGGAGUUCAAGCCUGACCAAUCAGGUCUCAUUACCAUCACAACAAGCCCGCCGGUAGUCAUCAUCAGCCAAUGACCUACAUUUUGCAGUAUUACAUCACCGUCGUGCUACUGCAGUGUGUGUCACUGUAUGAGAUACAGACAGCAUCUCAGAUUCAACCUACUGCUAUCUAAUGGUGCUUCAAAACUAAAUCCUAACCAAGGUGGCCAGUUUUAGGGAACACACUUGAACCAAGACAGGCUCUCUUGUUUUAGCCAUAUCAGGAACCUCAGUCAGGAACGGGCUCAGCUGGGGCAGCCCAGUCUUAAUUACCAACUUUUUUUUUCCUUGGGUUUUCUAUUGGUGUCUAAAGAAACCAUGUCUGGCCUCUAGCCAUCCAUAAUCCUUAAGUUACAGAGGCAGAAACACAGGGCACACAGUUAAUAUAUUAAAGUGAGGGAUUGUUAAAAAGGACAGCCUGGAGAACGGGCGAGCAGUCGAGGGAGGGGGAGAGGGGGAGCGAGAGAUCAUCUGGAAGAGGAGAGAGGAAGUGGUGGCGCGGGAGAGGGCUGAGGCAUUGGAGAGACAGAGGUUGGCAGAGUAUAUUGUGUGGAGGAAGAGGGAGGACUUCCAGGAUAAGAAAGGAGACAGGGAGAGGGGAGAAAAGAGUAGAGAGAAAGGGAAAGAGGCUUCUCCAGAAGUAAUCUGGAAGAAGAGAGAGGAAGAAGAAGAAGGAGACGCAGGGAGGGAUAGAGCAAGAGCCAUUCAGAGAGGACAUGAAAACAUUUGGAGGAAAAGGGAAAGGGAGUAAAAAAACAAAGGGGGACCCAGAGACAGAUUUAAGAAUAUGAUGUACUUAAAAAGUAGGUGUUAAAUAAUCUGUGCUUCAGCCAAGGUUUGAGACUAGCCAUAUAACAGUAAGCCUCCUCUCUCUCCUUUAGCAGCUCUGGGCUUCAUCGAGCUCUGCAGGUGUUUGCUGUAUUAUCGACCAGUUGAAGUUGUGUGUGAUGCGCUGCCGUGUUAGUGUGCACAGCCCCUCUUGCUAUCUCCAUGUUGGCUGCUAAUAGGAUUUUUAUGAGCCUAUGUCAUGUGGGAUAGAACUGUCAAGGGGAGCUGCUUCACACAUGCACACACCAGUGUGCACAUACACAGAUAAUCAAAGAAGCAUUGUGGGCAGGGAAAGUUUAUUCUGCCUCAUGCAUGUAGACUCGUCGAGUCCAAGUUCUGUAAGACACUCGUGGGUGUUCAAAAACAGUCACUAAUGUCGGUUCUUCUUGGUGCUGGCAAUCGCUGAGUAACUGGUCCUCACUCAGAGAGGAUUAAACUGGGACAAGAUACUCACAGAUAUUGUUUUACAUGAUGGCAGAACACCAAGAGUAAUACUUUGUGGAGAGCUAAGAACUUGUCUUCAUCCUGAAGUGUCUGAAGAACUUGAUUUAAAAAAAAAUAAAAUAAAAAAAACAUAGGACAGAACUGAGGACAACAUGAGCAUUACUGGUGCACUAAAAAACUUUUUACAUCUGUAUUCUGCCAUUAUCUGGAACACUCCACUUUUCCUCUGCACCUUCUCUCAUUGUGCUUUCCCUGUGGAUAGAGCUCUUUUUGAAGCAGUUUGGUUUUGGCUGCUUUGUAAUGAGCAGAAGACAGACAACCAUACAGAUGGAUGGAACUCUUAUUCUGAGCAAAACAGACAGAUGGCUGUGUGUCCUUUUAGAGGGAAACUUUGAAUUGUGAAACAAAGACACUGAUUAAAUCGCUACAGCCUGUGUGGACCUGCACCGACAGGAAAAACUUGCACUUGCAGAUUCAUCAUGGAGCUCGUACCAAAACCCAAAUACACCCACAUUCGGAGUGAUUCACUGAGCUCAACUGAUGAAACAAACUCCAAUCCAUCAUCAUUCCCUCCUUCCAGCCCUGCCACCCCUCUAACCCCCUCCCCUGGUAUACCUUCUUCCCUCUCCUCCUCAUCUCUCACUCCAAUCUUGCCCCCCACUUCUCCCCGCCCGGCUGAAAACAGCCCCACCACCCUCUGCUCCUUCUUCCCCAGGAUGAAAUCCCUUCGCCUGGAGGUUUCCACUACUCUUCUUCCAGGACUCAAGGCCUCGAGCAGGUCGCAGCAGGCUCAGGCACCUGUUGAAUCCUCUGGGGAUGACAGGAGCAACUCUAGCUCCCCUACUCCUAUUCAUCAAUCUGCUCCUUUCCUAACUGCUCCCUCUCCUCCUCCUCGACCUCCUCCACAGGACAUGAACCGGCUUGGAGGGGCGUCCAGGAGGGCACGGGUGGAAGGAGGUCAGUUGGGAGGAGAUGAAUGGACACGCCAUGGCUCCUUCGUCAACAAGCCCACCCGUGGCUGGCUGCACUCUGACAAUGUGGUCAGCACCACUGGUGUUUCCUACACUGUACGGUACAUGGGUUGUGUGGAGGUGCUACAGUCAAUGCGAGCACUGGACUUCAACACCAGAACUCAGGUCACCAGGGAAGCUAUCUCUGUGGUGUGCGAGGCAGUACCAGGAGCCAAAGGAGCCCGCCGGAGAAAGCCUUCCUCUCGAUGUCUGACGCCAAUCCUGGGAAAGAGCAACUUGCAGUUUGCAGGCAUGACAAUCAGCCUCACCAUCUCAACCAGCAGCCUCAAUCUGCUGGCUUCUGACUGCAAACAGAUAAUCGCCAACCAUCACAUGCAGUCCAUCUCCUUUGCCUCUGGAGGAGACCCAGAUACAGCUGAAUACGUAGCAUAUGUGGCCAAGGAUCCAGUCAACCAGAGAGCUUGUCACAUCCUGGAGUGCUCGGAGGGUUUAGCCCAGGAAGUCAUCAGCACCAUUGGUCAGGCCUUUGAACUGCGUUUUAAACAGUACCUGAAGAACCCCCCCAAACUGGUCACACCCCAUGACAGAAUGGCUCCUUUUGAUGGCUCUGCAUGGGAGGAAGAGGAAGAUGAGGCUGCUCCUCCUGAGGUCCCGUACUAUAAUAAUUUCCCUGGAAAACAGCCUCCCCCUGGUGGACUGAUUGACAUGAGGACCCGCCCAGGAGCAACACUGCCCUAUGGACAGUCAAAUCAAAAUGACAUUCACAAGCAGCCUCUGCCUCCUCUACCAGUAGGUGCCAAAGAAGGGGCUCGAGAGCUGUUUGAUGACCCUUCAUAUGUCAAUGUGGAUAAACCCCGUCCUCCAGCUGCAGCAAAUGGAAAUGCUCACAGAGAUGCUUUUGACAUGAAGCCCUUUGAUGAUGCCCUGGGGGUCUCUGGACAUGGCAACCCAAUUGCGGUGACAGCAGCGCCCUCACUGGUGCAGCAGUUGCAGAAUGAAAUCUGGUUCCACGGUAGCUUAAAUCGCAGAGAAGCAGAAAGGCUGUUGACCCGAGACGGAGAUUUCUUGGUGCGGGAGUCUGGUACCACGGCGGGACAGUACGUCCUCACGGGACAGCAGGGGGGUCAGGCCAAACACCUGCUGCUAGUCGACCCAGAAGGAGUGGUACGCACAAAAGACCAUCGGUUUGGAAGCGUCAGUCACCUGAUCAGUUACCACAUGGACAACAGACUUCCCAUUGUGUCAGCUGGAAGCGAAGUCUAUCUGCAACAGCCAGUAGAGCGCAGGCCCUGAUGCGACACACUCCAAUGAAAUUCUCCACCAAAAAUAGACACACACUCCCACAGCAAACCAACACAAGGCACACACAUACACAGCCUCAUAUGCUAUAGACACAUAGUGACACUACACACAAAACUCGUACGCAGCAUAUGAGCACACACAGUACAGAAAGCCAAAAAAGGAAAAAAAAAAACAAACACCACUUUCUCUGCAAAAUCACUUACUUGCUGCUUUU